UUGCCGAAGACAGCUUUAGCUAGUUUUCCUGGGUCGGGCAAUACAUGGUUACGUCACUUGAUACAGCAAGUUACUGGAAUAGCUACAGGCAGCAUUUACAACGAUUCUUUCAUUCGCAAUCAUGGCUUCAUGGGAGAGGGCUAUCGUGAUGACACAGUAAUCGUGAUCAAAACUCAUAAACUGGGGUUGAAAGAAAGAAAGAAAUAUCAGAAAGCUGUUGUUUUGAUCAGAGAUCCAUUAGAUGCUAUAAAAGCAGAGUUUAACCGACAAUACAGAGGGCAUCUAGGUUACGCUCCAUAUUCCGUCUAUAGAAAAAAUUGGCCAGCGUUAACUGGCAAAAAAACCAUGAAAUGGUAUAAGUUUUACUUGGAUUGGUUGGAAUUCAAAGGGCCAUUGCACGUGAUUCAGUAUGAAAAACUACGAAAUGACACUGCUCACGAAAUGCAGAAAUUGCUAAGGUUCUUAGCCGUACCGUAUACGCAAUCGGAUAUGUCUUGCAUGUUGAGAAACAGAGAGGGGGAUUUUAAGAGAAAA